AUGUCUAUGACCAUGCCCAUGUCAAACCCUACGCGCACGCCCUUGAUGUCCCGCCGCCUCGGGAAUGGAGAUUUCUCGAGAAAGAGCAACGCCAAUCCAAAUGCGUUCUACUCUCCUAUGCGCACUAAGCUCUCUGUAUGCCACGAACUACCAAGAGAAAGAGAAAGUGAAACCGAAUCGAACUUUGUCAUCUAUUCCACGCGUUCGCCUGGUACUCUUACUCCCACUCCCGAUACUCGCGCUAGUCCUAGUCCUACCGACAAGGAGAACAUGUUGUCCCCAGGCGACUAUUUCUCUGGCUCUCAUACUCGGACCACCGUGAGGCGAGGAGGAGGAGGAGGCUCCCCUGCUGCGUCAGAGAUGACUUUCGUCGGGAUUCCGUCACCCCCGUUGGCUCCUCAGGCUGACGCAAACCACCUCCGCGUUCUCCUCGAACAGAUAUACGCACAAAUCCCGCUUUGUCCGAAGGGAGCGGGGAUCUCGAGCGCGGAGUGGAGGGAACUGUUCAUUGGGGAUGAUUCGUGUGUCUAUUGUCUGAAGCCGUCGGGACUUAUGCCGGAUUUUGUGGCUAUGCGGUUUGUGUGUAAUGAAUGUCGAUGUACACGACUCGUCAACCCUCGUAUGUUCGGCGUUAUGUACCCUCAAUACGCCGAAAACCUCGACGCGAUAAUCCCACAAGUCCCCGCUGUCCAACUCAUCCGUACCACCACGGCCCCACCUCCCGGCGUCGACGCCGAGUCGUCAUACUACUACGCCGACGACAUCAUCAGAGUCGCGAAGGAGUGGCUUGCCGUACCCGAGAAUGCGACGCAGCUCGAUAUGUUCGAGAGGGCGGGGAAGGCGGCUAUGAGGUGGAAGCAGGCUAAUGAGCGUAUGCAGUCGGCACAGGGACACGCGGAGAGCUGGCAGCGGUUCAUGAUCUCUCUCAGCUCGGUCUUGCGGUCAUCGCUUUUUGCUCACGGGACUAGUAGCGGUGGCGGCGGCGGUAUCGACUCCCUCGGCAUGCUGAAGAAGUUUGGGUCGCUUGCGCUUUAGGCUUUAGGAGCUCUCAUAUCAGGAUCAGGACUGGCCCGGGAUCUUUUCACUCUCGUCUGGGAAUUUGAAUCUGGAGGCCACGGUCUCGGGACUUUCUCGCACUGCAUAUCUAUAUGGACCCGCCAUGGCUCUUUUCUGCUUGGGACUCGGGUGUGAUCAUGGUGCACGUCACUUUGUAGUGGGUUCUUAGGUACUUAGUGUCAUUUUUGGUGGCAGAC